UCCUUCUUUUCUCUCUUCUUCGUGCCCUUCAUAACACAUUCUGAGAUCUUACCAAAUUUCUUCUCCGUCUCUCUGCUAGGUUGGGCUCCUGCGCUCCGCCCGGCGAGCGCCCGUGCUCCAUGGACGCCUCUGCCUGCGCCUCCGCUACAGAGACCAAAUCUGCCACAGUCGAGCUCCUGCGCUCCACCCAGCGAGCGCCUGUGCUACGUGGACGCCUCCGCUAUAGAGACCACAUCUGCCACAGUUUUCUCUCUCCCUUCUCUAUCUCUCUACUAGGGCGAGAAGGACUCCGGCGCUCCGCCCUCACCUCCGCCCCGCUUACGCUCGCGCCUCCACCUGUGCCUCCAACUUUGAUUUUGUGGGGAAGAACUUCUUCUGGGGAGCGGUCAUUUUGUUUAAAGCAUAGAAGAAAGAAAAAAGGAGCAAGAGCGAGAGAGAGUAGGGGAGCGAUUUCAAAGAAGUCGAAGCCUUUCUGGAAAGUUACCAGUGAUGGGUCUUCAAAAGGAUACGGUGUUGUCGGUAUUGUGCUUAUCGUCUAUAUGUUUUCAUCAAAUUUUUGUUGUUGGAAUAUUUAUUAUUUACCAAAUUCUUUUCAUACAUUUUAGGAGUUUUAGAGGCAAAUUUUAUAGAGCUUGCACAUGACAAGCAAGAUUUCGAUAGGUCAUCAUUAUACAUCCGACUGGAAGCUAGGUGGAAGUAGACACUUUCAGAAAUUUGCGUUAGUUAUACUUCUUAUAGUCACUUUGAAUUAACUAGUGUGUGUUAAUAAUUGAUUGGUUGAGUGAUGAUUGAUAAAUGUAAUCUCAGAAAGUAGUGGAUAAGGAAGGCAUGUUGGCUAUCACCUGCCAUUUUGUGUUCUUAAGCAUAUUUCUGGAAUUGCAUUUUCUAAUUCUCAAAGAUUGCAUUUUUGGGCUAUAUAUGCCUGUUGGGCUUUGACGUUGGGCUUUGACAUUGUGCUUGCUGUGGUUUAUGGCAUUAACACCUUUACUUAUUGUCUGUAUAUCAUGUUAUUAUGGCCUGCAAAGAUUGCAUUUUUAUAAAGGAAUAACAACCCCACUUUUUGUAUGUUUCUUUUUCCAUCU